AAUUCAAUUCAUCAAACUUGGAUUCAUGUUCAGAUUCUUGGAUUCCAAAUUUCCAAUACGCGUUUUUCUUUUUACUAAGAUUGGCCAAUGAAAUGAAGCCAAAUGAAAGUAGUUGAUAUUGACGAAGGUUUAUUUCUUAGCCAGCUUCUAAUAAUUUUGCAGAGAAGAAUAGCUCUGGAAGUCAAUUUGGUCUUAACAAGGAUCAAUGUUCUAUUCAGUUGAGAUGGGCUUGGAAUCAAGAUUUUUGGACAUUUUCACUAUUCCUACACUGAUAUUCAUACUCAUGUUUUCAAGUAUUAUUACGGCUGCAAAUUCUGAUGGUUGCAAUCAAACUUGUCCAGAUGGUGGUUGGACGACACAUGAACUCAUCUACCCAUUUGGAUUCUCUGAAGGCUGCAAAAUCCGUCUCAACUGCACCAAAUCAAGACACAUCCUCAUUGGAGAUUUUAGAGUCAAAACUAUAACUAAAGAUAACAUCUGGGUUGAAAUUCCUGCUAAUUUGAGUCGUCCAACAGAAACAGUGAUGCAACUCUAUACGAGCAACUUUGCACCAAGUUUACAAAAUCUUCUCAUUCUUGUAAACUGCACAAACUAUUCUUCUAAUUGCCCAAAGAUAGAGUCUUCGCCAAAUAAUAUGACGAACAGAAAGAACGUAGGGUGCCUGUCAGAUGGAUUCAAGAGGGUGAAUGAUUUGGUGAGUUACGUCCGCAGAAAUAGAACUGAUUGUCAGCACUUUUAUUCAAGCAUCGUGGUAAAGCAAUCACCACCUGUUUUCUACAUGAUUAAACUAGCAUGGUGGUUAGAAGGCUCUUGCCAGUGUUCUCAAAACGCCAACUGUAUGUUCUUGUCUCUCCCCUAUGGAAAGGCUGGAUACCAGUGUCGCUGCAACAAAGGGUUCAGAGGAGAUGGAUACCCAGAAAGCCUACCUUGUCAAGAAGGACACUUCAUGAAGGUGCUUGCCAUGUCCGUGGCGCUUGCUGCAGUGCUGCUUCUAAUCCUGUCCUUGAUGUCAUACAUACGAAAAAGAAUAGGAAAAUUUGGAAAUAAUCAUAUGAAAGAUAUCAAGAAUGAUUACAGCCAGAGCCAAGAGGAGGAUUUAGAGCUGCCACUGUUUGAUUUUGUUACAAUAAAAAGUGCAACUAACGACUUCUCUGAUGACAACAAGAUUGGAGAGGGAGGAUUUGGACCUGUCUAUAAGGGUAUAUGGGAGGGAGGACAAGAAAUAGCUGUGAAAAGACUUUCAAAGAGUUCUAGACAAGGUCUUAACGAGUUCAAGAACGAAGUCAUCUUAAUUGCCAAACUUCAACACCGAAACCUGGUGAAGCUUUUAGGUUGCUGUAUUGAAGGAGAUGAAAAAAUGUUAAUUUAUGAAUACAUGCCCAACAAAAGCUUGGAUGCCUUCAUUUUUGAUUCAACUCAUAAUGAGACACUCAAUUGGCCCACGCGCAUGCACAUCAUCAAUGGAAUAGUUCGAGGGCUUGUUUAUUUACAUCAAGAUUCAAGAUUGAGAAUUAUCCAUAGAGAUCUUAAAGCCGGCAAUAUUUUACUUGAUAAUGAAUUGAAUCCUAAAAUUUCGGAUUUUGGUAUGGCUAAAAGUUUUGGAGAAAAUGAAACUGAAAGAAACACAAAUAAAGUGGUUGGAACAUAUGGUUAUAUGCCCCCUGAGUAUGUGAUUGAUGGGAAUUUCUCCAUAAAAUAUGAUGUCUUUAGCUUCGGUGUUCUUGUAUUAGAGAUCAUUAGUGGAAAAAGAAAUAGAGGAUUCCUCCAUAAAGACCACAGCCUCAACCUUCUUGGACAUGCAUGGAUGCUUUAUUUAGAAGGAAGAUGCUCGGAGCUAAUAGAUGCAUCAAUAGGGGACUCAUUCAGUCUAUCAGAAGUAUUGCGAUUAAUUCAUAUUGGGCUAUUAUGUGUUCAACAAAGUUCAAAAGACAGGCCUAACAUGUCAGAUGUGGUUCUGAUGAUGGGUGGAGAGGGUACAUUGCCUCUUCCUAAACAACCUGGGUUUUACAUUAAAAGGGAUUUGCUGGAACCUAAAUGUUCCUCCAGCAGCAACAAAAUAUAUUCAUUCAACGAGGUCACCAUGUCUGCAUUACAGCCUCGGUGGACGUCAAUGGAUAUCGCUUCACUUGCAUUUCUCACUACCACUACCAAAUUUCUCAUUUUCCUCUUCAAAAUCUCCACCGCCCUUGACACCAUUGCUCCCUCCCAAUCUUUGAGCGAUGGCAAGACCUUGGUUUCCAGAGAUGGAACAUUCGAACUGGGUUUCUUCAGUCCCUACGACUCCCAGAAACGUUACUUGGGAAUUUGGUACGGAAAUAUGCCCGGUAGAACUGUUGUUUGGGUUGCAAAUAGAAGUAAUCCAAUUAAUGGUUCUUCUGGUUUGUUGACUAUAAACGGCACAGGCAAUCCCGUGCUUCUUAGUGAGAACAUGACAGUUGUUUGGUCAGUAUCUAACUUAACAAAAGAAGCACAAGAGCCAAUUUUGCAGCUUUUAGAUUCAGGAAAUUUUGUUUUAAGAAACAAAAAUGAUGGAGAUUCAGGAAUCUACUUGUGGCAAAGCUUUGACUAUCCGUGUGAUACACUGCUACCUGGAAUGAAGCUGGGAUGGGACUCAAAGACCGGACUUAAUAGGCAUCUAUCAUCGUGGAAGAGCUCAAAUGAUCCAUCUAUUGGAGAUUUUAUGUGGGAGGUACAAUUGAAUACUAAUCCUGAGCUAGUUAUGUGGAAAGGCACGCAGAAAUACUACAGGAGCGGCCCAUGGAAUGGGAUUGGGUUCAGUGGUGGCAUCGCACUGAAGCCUAACCCUAUUUUUGGGUACAACUUUGUGUCAACUGAGGAGGAGGUAUAUUACAUCUACAACCUCAAAAAUAAAUCUCUAUUUACAAGGAUAGUUAUGAAUCAAACCACAUAUAAUCGUCAGCGGUACACUUGGAAUGAUGUCAAUCAAAGCUGGAUCCUCUAUGACAGUGUGCCAAGAGACCGUUGUGACAGCUACGGCCUAUGUGGUGCCUAUGGAAAUUGCGUAACUAGUGAAUUGCCAGUUUGCCAAUGUUUAAAAGGCUUCAAGCCAAGAUCAUUAGAGAGGUGGAACUUAAUGGAUUGGUCUCAAGGGUGCAUGCGCAAUAAACCAUUAGAUUGUGAGACAGGGGAUGGAUUUGUUAAAUUCUCCAGGUUAAAGUUGCCAGAUACUACGCAUUCUUGGGUCAGCAAAACAAUGAAUCUCAGGGAAUGCAGGACUAAAUGCUUACAAAAUUGUUCUUGUAUGGCAUAUUCAAAUUUGGAUAUUAUAGAACGUGGCACUGGAUGUGCCAUUUGGUUUGGUGACCUGAUGGAUAUAAGACAGUUACCAGCUGAUGGAGGGCAAGAUCUAUAUAUUCGAAUGAAUGCUUCAGAAACAGAGGGGAAAGCAAAACCUAAGAUGAAGAUAGCAGUAAUCACUUUUGCUUCCAUUGCAAUGGUCUCCGGGAUACUUAUAAUCAGCUUUGCCAUAUACAAAAGGAAGACCAAGUCCACUGAGCAAACAGCAAAUAAUACACAAAAUAACCAGAACAAUGAUUACCAUAAUGAAGACUUCGAGCUACCAUUGUUUGAGUUAUCUACAAUAGUUAAUUCCACCAAUAACUUUUCAAUCAACAACAAGAUAGGAGAAGGUGGUUUUGGACCUGUGUACCUGGGCACGCUAAUAGAUGGACAAGAAAUUGCUGUGAAGAGGCUAUCAAGGAGUUCUGGACAAGGGUUAAAUGAGUUCAAAAAUGAAGUCAAAUUUAUUGCAAAGCUGCAACACCGAAAUCUUGUAAAGCUUCUUGGUUGUUGCAUUCAAGGAGAAGAGAAAAUGCUGGUUUAUGAGUACAUGUGCAAUAAAAGCCUCGACUCCUUCAUUUUCGAUCAAACAAGAAGUAAACUUCUGGACUGGGCCAAGCGUUUCAAUAUAAUCUGUGGGAUCGCUAGGGGCCUUCUUUAUCUGCAUCAAGAUUCAAGAUUGAGGAUUAUACAUAGGGAUCUCAAAGCAAGUAACAUAUUACUUGAUAAUGAGAUGAACCCAAAAAUUUCAGAUUUUGGCUUGGCCAAAACUUUUGGAGGUGAACAAACCGAAGGAAACACAAAUAGGGUGGUUGGAACAUUUGGAUAUAUGGCACCUGAAUAUGCUACAGAUGGGAUUUUCUCUGACAAAUCUGAUGUUUUUAGUUUUGGUAUCAUAAUGCUUGAGAUAAUAAGUGGUAAGAAAAGUAGAGGGUAUCAUCAACUAGACCAUAGUCAUAACCUUAUUGGAUAUGCUUGGAGAUUAUGGAAAGAAGGCAAGUCGUUGGAAUUGAUUGAUCCAGUACUAGGAGAGUCGUAUCAUCUAUUGGAAGUGAUGCGAUGCUACCAUAUUAGCCUCUUAUGUGCGCAACAUCAUGCUGAGGACAGGCCAAGUAUGGCACUUGUGCUUUUGAUGUUAGGUAGUGAGACUCCAUUGCCUGAGCCCAAAGAACCUGGUUUUUUUAAGGACAAAGGUCGAGUUGAUGAAGGAUCUUCAUCGAGCAAAAUUGAAUCAUCCACAACCAAUGAAAUGUCAAUCUCAUUGCUGGAAGCUCGAUAGAAGAUCAUUUAACUACAUGCCAUGAGCUAUUUUUCUUGUAAUGGGUGUCACUGAUGUAUGGACCCUUUCUAUAUUGUGUUUCUGUAUGUGUGCAAACAAAUUUAUUCCACGAUUUCAAAGUUCAGCAUGUAUAUAAUUGCUGCAUUGUGUUUAGCUAACAAAUUAAUCGAAGCUGCAACUAUUAAUUUA